GCAGGACAUGCUCUUCCGCCUCGGCAAGGCGCAGUGCCCCAAGCCCUGCUUCUCGAAGGUGCUGGACGCGGAUCUCGAGGCCGAGUCCAAGCACCUCGAGCUGAGCUCCGGCUGCGUGGAUGCGGCCGAGGGUGACUUGUGCUACCGCACCGUCAGAUGGUUGAAGAAGACGGGCCUCGAACAGCACCCUGACUGGUUUCCCACUCUCGAGGCCGGCUCCAGUGUGGCCACGAUCCAGGCGGAGCUGCACCGCCAGGGCAAGUCCCAGUGCCCCAAGCCCUGCGCGGCCGCCGACGGCGCGCCGUACCACGCCCUGGGCGCCCAGGCGGCUGGCCUCCGGACGCGCGUCAAGUCGGAGGAUGCGGCCAGCUGGAUGUGGGACUUCCCCAAGGAGGAGGUGGCCCCGACCACGGAGGCGGGCAAGGCGGUGAUGGAGUGCCUCCGGAAGCUGCUGCACGUGACCCCGGAGAACUUCGACGACAUGAGGGCGGAGUGCGAGGGCCUCGUGCCAGCAGAGGGCGCCCCGCAGCGGGACGCGCUGGUGAAGGAGUCCAUGAAGUUCAUCUCGUGGGCGCAGCACCACGUGGUCGACAUGAGGGUCCAGCGGAAGGCGCAGGAGAACGGCGACCAGGAUGGCGAGUCGGCGGCGGAGGAGAUCAGCAGCCCGGCCGCGCGGACCGCGGCGGGCGAAGACGGCUGCAUGACCGCGGUCAGCAGCUCGGUGUGCUACACUGCGGUGUCCUACGGCCUCUCGGAGGGGAUCAGGAAGCACCCGUCCAUGUACGAGGGCCUGUCUGAGCACUCCAGCUUCGAGAAGGUCCAGGAUUUCCUGUGGCGCAACAACCGGCACGGCUGCCCGAAGCCUUGCCCCAGGAAGCACGUGGACAUCACCGAGUUCGACAAGCACCCUGAGAUGCUCACCUACAAGAAGAAGGUCUCGGACAUGAGCAUCGACGAGAUGACCAGGUACAUCAACGGCGAGUGGGACGGCAUGGUGGCGAAGAUGUUCGACUACCGCGCGGACGAGGACGCCCUCCCGGCGGCCACCACCACGCCGGUGGCCGAGGAGACCCACGAGGAGACGAAGAUCCAAGACAUGAGCGCUGACGAGAUGGCCCGUGUCCUCGAAGGCGAUAUGGCUGACUACAUGCCGAAGGCGUUCCGCCCCCAAGAAGACGUCGAGGGGGUUGGAAUCAACACGUACACAAUCUUGAUCAGGCCAGGAAUCUACCCGUACAUACGGUCCCAAAGUUUCAAUCUUACCUUAGGCCUAGCCAAGGACUUCUUAUUUGUUGAUUAUUGUCCCGAGGCUAGCGGCCCGCUUGUUUUCCCACCCGUCCUCUGUCGCUUCUGCGCGGUCGUCUCACCCCUCUCUGUGGCAACCCGCACUUCAGCGCACGCCAGCACUCGCCCUUGCUCUUCCUCUCCUCUUCUGCUCCUGCUCCCGCUUCUGCGUCCUUUGUUGCUCCCGCUCCAGUUCGUGCCGCUGCCACGGCG